AUGUCAGUGAAAGACAAUCCGCCACCGAAGCCUGCGUGCGCCCGCACAGAGCGCAUCGCAUCGCAUCACAUCGGAUUUCCCCUGAGCAGCCUCGUCGGCAUGGGCGUUGCCGAAUACGUGCUCUCGCCCCGAAACAAGUUCAAGUUCUAUUCAUGGCGUGUUGCAACUUGCGCGGCCAGUUUAGGCGAAAAGGAUUGGCCAGCUCAAUCAAUUGCGGCACUUGGCUUCCGUCCUGAGCUGUUGGGCGAGGCUGGAGUGACUCAAAAGGACCAGGCAAGGCAAGCCGCGUUUGAAAAGAUCAGGGAUCAACCAACGCUGCAGAAUGAUGGCGACGAGGAGAGAGGAUUGCGCCCUGCUCGGUUGGAGAGUUUGCUCUGUUCUACUUUCGUCCCAGGGGGGGCGAUGAUCUCCUGUCGAAGGAUUGACGAAAUGCAACGGCGCCAAUCUCAUCGCCGUCAUCGAAGCGCCCCAUCUUUGUGGUUCAGGCGGCAGCUGGAGGCUCGCGACUGGAUGCCUUGCGGCCCUGCUAGGCGUUUCGAGUGUAAAAGAGGAUUCGAGGGGGGUCGCAGCGGAGGUUGA